AUGUUUUCGUGGUUUUGGUCUGUGUUAGGCAAAUUAGGUCUGCUUAGUAAGAAAGGAAAGAUAGUAUUUCUCGGACUAGACAAUGCAGGAAAAACAACACUGUUGAAUGUGUUGAAAGAUGACAGGCUCACAAUGCACAUUCCUACAUUGCAUCCCCAUUCCGAAGAUUUGGUAAUCGAAGGAAUCCAAUUUCAAACGUUUGAUCUUGGUGGUCACGAAACAGCACGACGAAUCUGGAAAGAUUAUUUAGCUACUGUAAACGGUAUUAUUUUUAUAAUUGACGCAGCGGACCCAAGUAGGUUUCCGGAAGCUUACGAAGAGCUGGCUGCUUUGUUGGCUAGCGAAGAACUGGCAAAAACCCCGAUUUGCGUGUUAGGCAACAAGAUUGACAAGGAUACUGCAGUAUCCGAGCAUGAACUGCGCAGAGCCAUCGGCCUGACUGAAAAUUUGACUUAUGGUAAGAAAUAUCAGCCUUCAUCAACGACCCGACCUUUAGAACUUUUCAUGUGCAGUGUUUCAAAAAGAAUGGGUUACAUAGAAGGGUUUCGCUGGCUUGCAAAAUUCAUUCCUUAG